GGAAGAUUGUGGAGAAUUCUAAAGCUAGAACCUUCUCUUGACCUACGUACCAUCAAUGCAUAUGGCUGCCGUUUUGCUCCUUCCUUUUUCUCUCACAAGUAUCAACAAAGUGAAUCAGUGGGGAACUAGUGCUCGAUUCAAAGUUAGCAAACAUGGGCAAGUGCUACCCCAAGCUGAGCGAGGAAUAUCAGAAAGCAGUCCAGAAAUGCAAGAGAAAGCUUAGAGGACUCAUCGCUGAGAAGCACUGCGCUCCCAUCGUCCUUCGCUUAGCAUGGCACUCUGCAGGUACUUUUGAUGUGAAAACAAGAACAGGCGGACCUUUUGGGACGAUCAGGCACCCUCAGGAGCUUGCACACGAGGCCAACAAUGGCCUUGAGAUUGCUGUCAGGCUUCUGGAGCCUAUCAAGGAACAAUUUCCUAUCUUGACGUAUGCUGACUUCUACCAGUUAGCAGGAGUUGUUGCUGUAGAAAUUGCAGGAGGGCCUGAGAUUCCUUUCCACCCGGGGAGACCAGACAAAUCUAAUCCACCCCCAGAAGGUCGCUUACCUGAUGCUACUAAAGGUUCGGAUCAUUUGAGGGAUGUCUUUGGUCGAAUGGGCCUCAGUGACAAAGAUAUCGUUGCCUUAUCUGGUGGUCACACCCUGGGUAGGUGUCACAAGGAACGUUCUGGAUUUGAGGGACCCUGGACCACCAAUCCUCUCAUUUUUGACAACUCUUAUUUCAGGGAACUUUUAAGUGGAGAGAAAGGAGGUCUUAUCCAGCUGCCAUCAGAUAAGGCUCUUUUACAAGAUCCAGUCUUUCGUCCUCUAGUUGAAAAAUAUGCUGCAGAUGAGGAUGCCUUCUUUGAAGAUUAUGCAGAAGCUCAUUUGAAGCUCUCAGAGCUCGGCUAUUGUGAUGCUGAGUAAAGAACAGAGAUGAGACCAGUGGAGCAUCUGCUUGGUGUUCAAUUGCUGAUGGAUUGGCUAGUUACUUCAUUUCCCUUCAGGCUUGAUUAGACACAUUUGCAAGUGAUUUAUAUUAGCAGAUUUUCCUUAAAUAACUCGAUCCUACGUGUUUGUGUCUUUGGACUGGAUAUAGAUAAAAAUUUUCCUGUACCAUCUUCAACAAAUGAAAUUGUCUGCGCUUCAUUA